AUAAGAUCGCACUUGCCCCUUCCAAUUGUGCGACGGGGACAUAUUGAGCCCAGUGACUACGGUAAAGAUGGGUGAAAAGGGCAUCAUUGAACAUCCUGAACUACUCAAGUUGGGGGAGUCUCUUCCUCUUGGAAAUCCCCAUGGAAUAAGCGUCCACCUCCCAACAUGGGAAGACACCCUCGGCUGGGCGUCACGAGACCGUCGCGUGGUGGACACCAUGGUAACCGGCUACCCGCGCUUCUUCAUUCCACGAGUAGUCGAACGCCUAGCAGAGCGACUCCUUGAGCACUUCACCCAAGCCCACAGCCACGAAGAAACCGACAUCGACCUCCAGGGAAAACAUGCCUUGAUCCUCUCCACCGCCCACCACGCGCUCAUGUGUCGCCAAUUCUUCCGCCAGAAACUUGACCCUGCUUCCGGGCAUGAAGUCACCUUCCCCAUCCUCAUCGCCCACUGGGACGGUACCAUCACCGCAAUCCGCGAAGACGAGGACCUCCCCUCACAAAAAUCUCAACCACCCCUCGGCCAAGAAGACAUCUUCCUCCUCCCCUACCCCGUCGACAUGUUUCCCGUUGCCAAAUCCUUCUGGCAGCAUACCGGGUUUGGGAUCUCCAGUCGACGAGCGAGUUACUGGAUGGAUUGUGCCCUCUUCUUCCAACCCACUUCCACUUCGAAUGGACAACCAAACAGUCUCAACCACCCACCUCCAACCCCAUUUGACGAGGACACCAACGCCAAAGCCCUCUCGGCAAUCCGCACCCGCCUCGCCAACGCCUACUCCACCCCCUCCCUCCCCGUUUCCAAUUCCGACGUAUUCCUCUACCCAACAGGCAUGUCCUCCAUAGCCGCCAUCUCCUCCGCCAUAAAAUCUCUUGUUUUGCCCAAACUCAACACCAGCCGGCCCCCCUCAGUAGCCCUCUUCGGCUUCCUCUACGUCGACACCCUAAAACUCCUAUCCAACCUCCUCGGUUUUACUCUUCAUCUCUACCCCUUCUCCACGUCCCUCUUCCCAUCCACAACAACCUCCUCCUCCUCCCCUCCCUUCACCCCCUCUGCCCCGUCCCCGUCCUCUCUCUCAGAAAUGCUAGCCUCGGGGGAGCUGCAAAUUGAUUUAUUGAUAACCGAAUUCCCCGGUAACCCCCUCAUGCAAUCUCCCGAUCUUUCCGUCCUCGACGAGCUGUCAAGACAGUACGGUUUCGCGCUGGUGGUGGAUGAUACCGUCGGCGGCACUGGAGCGAACGUGAAUGUCCUGGGGAAAUGCGAUGCGGUGGUGAGCAGUUUGACCAAGAUGGUUAGUGGGGGGUGUGAUGUCAUGGGGGGUUGUGCGGUGCUGAAUCCGGAGGGGGGGAGGUAUGAGGUGUUGAGGGGGACGUUGGAGGAGGGGUCGUCAGGAAUGGGUGUCACGACUGGGGGGAAGAGGGAUUCGGGGUAUGGAGCAGAGCUGGACGACCUGGAAGAGGACGGGGAAAAGGAGGAGGAGGUAAAGAUUUCUGAAGAGAAAGAGGUGGGCCAAAGGGAAGAGGAGGAAAGAAGUUGGUUCCCAGCCGACAUCACCGUCAUGGAACGCAAUAGCCGGGACUUCAUCCACCGCGUCCGCAAAGCGAGCUCCAACGCAAAAUGGCUGGUGCACAACCUUCUCCGACCACACGCCAGCGUACAUGAAGUCUACUACCCCAAAGGAUCGUCAACGGAGGGCAUCUACGAGCAAUUCCGGGUGAAACCUACCGACGAUAGUCUAGAUGAAGAAGGAGGCUACGGCUUCCUGGUCUCCAUCAAGUUCCAGACUCCAGCCAAGGCCAGAGCGUUUUAUGACGCACUAGAUAUGGCCAAGGGGCCGAGUCUGGGGACCAACUUCACGUUGUGUUGCGCGUAUACACUGUUGGCGCAUUAUCGCGAGAUGGAGUGGGCAGCGGAGUUUGGGGUGGUGGAGGAUCUGGUGAGGAUUAGUGUCGGGUUGGAGGAGAAGGAAUGGUUGGGAGAGAGGGUGGGUAGAGCACUGAAGGCGGCGGGGGAGUGUGAGGGGUGA